AGCUAGCGCGAGGCUGUGUAGUCUACAUGGAUAGAGAAGACACGGGAAAGGCGAGACUGUAGGAUUCCAGGAUCCAGACUGACUGAUCGUUAACAAUACAGAGCCUAUAUUGACCAGACAAUUAAUCAACCGAUUAACAAAUCAAGUUCCAUACCGCCAGUAGGCCCCACACAGUGACUAGGAUGGCUAAAGGCACUCCAGGGAAGCCCAAAGGCAAGAUGUCUGCCUACGCCUACUUUGUUCAGACCUGUCGGGAAGAGCACAAGAAGAAGAGCCCUGAGAUCCCUGUGAACUUCUCAGAGUUCUCAAAGAAAUGCUCCGGAAGAUGGAAGACAAUGUCUGGUAAGGAGAAGGGGAAGUUCGAGGACAUGGCAAAGCAGGAUAAAGUGCGCUAUGACAAUGAGAUGAUGCACUUUGCCCCUGGUGGCAAGAAGGGAAGGAAGAAGGACCCAAAUGCUCCGAAGAGACCUCCAUCUGGUUUCUUCAUCUUCUGUGCAGACCACCGGCCCAAGAUCAAGGCCCAGCACCCUAGCCUAGGUAUCGGAGAUGUGGCCAAGAAACUUGGGGAGCAGUGGAACAACUUAACUGAUGCUACCAAACAGCCCUACCUGAUCAAGGCCAACAAACUCAAAGACAAAUAUCAGAAGGACGUUGCUGACUAUAAAUCCGGUAAAGGCAAGGUAGCAGCCCCAAGCAUGGCCCCCAAACCAGUGAUGAAUAAUAACAUGGACGACGAUGAUGACGAUGAGGAAGAGGAAGAUGAGGACGAGGAAGAGGAUGACGACGAAGAGGAUGACGAGUAGAUGAGUUGUUUUGUUAGGAUGAAGAAGACAAAAAACGGUGGCGAUUAAGCAAUGCGUGUUCAUUUCCAGUUUGAAAUGCGACAUAAGAGGGUUUGAGGAAGAAGCACUACCGAUAUCUUUAUGUUGCUUUGUUACAUUGCUCUGCCCCUGCCCUCUUUUCCCACUCGUUGUUGUUUUAAAGUUGUCACUAUGUUGAUUUUGUGUAAACUGCUUACGUAAAGUUCACUAUGUACGCUGCAUCCAGUUAAGAAUUUAAGAUAACUGUGAUUGAACUCGAAGCGGAAUCCUUAACCCCCCCCCAACAGCUGUGAUUGCGUGAACAUGCUCGUGCGUGCAUGUACGCUCGUGGGCGCUUUAGUGACCACAUCCCCAGCACUUUCCAGUGUCUUCCUGAAAUCCCUCACAGCAUUGUCUCUAAACUGGUUACAUAUACAUUCAACGAAGAGCAUUUAAAACCAGUGGUAGCAUUGCGGUAUAUAUAAAUCUUUUUGUUUUUGAUGUGCGUCCCAAAUGUCACUAUCGCUAAUUACACUUCUUUUGACCUGGAUCAAUAUCCCAAAAGGCCCUGGUCAAAAGUAGUCCACUAUGAAGAGAAUGCGGUGGCGUCUUGAGACGCAGACUUUGUUAAAAAAAAUGAUAAUGUGCAAGGUGGUGUGUUACUGUAUAUGGUUGACUUAGACUUAGUUAAAUGUUUUUUCCCGUUUUGUUUUAGGAUUACUUGAAUUGUUUUGAGGCCUCCAGAUGUAAUGCGUUAUCAGAUUGCACGUAUCUAGUAGGAGUGGGGUAAACCAACAAGGGUUAGGUCUGGUAUGAGCUAGUGUACACUGGUUAACAGACACUUCAUUGUAGAAAGCACUUACGUUAUUUGGUUAACUCCUAACUUCCAUUGAUGCACUGAUGUCAAUGGGAGAGUAAGUGAAAUUCGAUUUAAGUGCAAGUUAGAGUUCGCUCGUUUGGGGCAGAAGAGGGUGGUGGGGUACCAUCCAAUCAACCAACGGUAGCCUGUAUACUAGAAACGAUCAUUUCCCUUUCGGCUAAGUGCAUUUUUACAAUUAACCGUUCGUUGUUACAAGAACUUCGCUGUGUUCCAUGCCUGGAUAGAUAUUUUAUGUAUAUCACCAAUAUCACCGUGGGGAAAAAACUACACACUGAGUGAAGAAGCACGGCUGUUGACUAUUAUAAUAAACUUGUACUUAUCUGUAUCUAAGAUUUUUUCUGUUUUGUAUGUUUAGAAAAGCUAUGUUUGCAAUUAUUAUUAAAGUAUGACAUUUUUACA